CAGUAUUGUUGGGAUUUGUUUGUGUUUCCAACCGCAAGUCCAGCCGGAAAAAAUUAGCGGGAAAUUCGAGAGGCAGGGCCAUUACGGCUAAUUUUAGCCGGGCACUCCAUGGUGGGCCGGCCGAUCGAGCAUAUCGUAGAUCGCAAAUCGGAAUCGAAACCAGAAGAUCGGAGAGCGAUCGGGGAAAAGUCGGAAAAUUAGAGAGUUUGCGUUUCGCCGGCGACGGUCAGUUGCGUUCCGAUAAUCAUCCGGCGGAGAGUGAGAUAGUUUUGUUGAUUUUUUUUAUUGGUACACCAAGGUUUUUUAUCGGAAGAGAGUUGCGGUUAUCCAAUCACGAAAUGUCGGAGCAGCCUAGCGAGAAUCGAGAGGAGCAGCGGCAGAAGAUCCAGCCGAUGCAGCAGAUGACGAUAAGUGCCUCCACCCAGGAGCUGGCCGAGUUGAUAGACCUCCGUUUGGGGGAUUUGCGGCCGCGGGAGCCGGCCUGGCGGGUGGCGGACUCCCCGAUCUCCGGGCGGGGCAUCUUCGCCACCAGGGACAUAGCCGCCGGGGAGGAGCUAUUCCGCGAGCACACCCUUCUGGUGGGGCCCACUGCCCAUCGAUCCACGAAUCUACGCACCUGUACCCUGUGCUAUUGUUUGAUUCCGGGGGACACGGAUCUGGACGCUCUCUGUCCGGCGGGCUGUGGCCUGCCAGUGUGUCCGGAUUGCCGGACCUCCGAUCGCCAUCAGUUGGAGUGCAAGCUCUUCCGGAAGUGGAAGCCGCUGGAGACGCAGCGGAUCGAGCCGCGAGCUCUACGGAUCCUCAGCGUGGUGCGUUGCUUCUUCCUGGACGAGCCGCAGCGGAAGCUCCUCUACGCCAUGCAGGCGAACGCGGACAGGUACUACAUGAAGGAGGUUCAGCGGGCGGCCGAGUGCUUCCAGCACUUUCCCAAGGAGCAGGACAUGCUGGACUACUUCUACCGCACCAUCUGCGCCUUCAAUACGAACGCCUUUGAGAGCCGGAGUCAUGUGGGCGGGCACGAGGUCCUGGUGCGGGCCCUGUUCCCACUGGCCGGGUUACUCAACCAUCAGUGCACUCCGAACGCCGCCCAUCACUUCGAGGACGGGGAGACGAUCGUGGUAUGCUCCACGGAACGGAUUCCGUGCGGUGCCGAGAUCACCAUGUCCUACGCCAAGCUCCUCUGGUCCACGCUGGCCCGGAAGAUAUUCCUUGGAAUGACCAAGCACUUCAUGUGCCAGUGCGUCCGCUGCCAGGAUCCGACGGAGAAUGGUACCUACUUGUCGGCUCUGUUCUGCCGGGAGCAGGGCUGCCGGGGACUGGUGAUUCCCGUCCAGACCCGGACCCUGCAGCCGGACUGGAAGUGCCUCAGCUGCGACAACGUCUUUCCGCACUCGAAGAUGGCCCGCUACCAGGACUUUGCUCUCAAUACGAUCAACAACCGGAUCAAUACCAGUAGUGUCCGGGACAUGAUCCACUUCAUCAAUGAGCUGUGUCCGCGCUUCUGUCCGCCCUCGAACUAUGUCCUGAUCGAGGCCAAGUUGAAUGUUAUCUGGCGGAUGACACGCUUCGAUCCGGAGCAGUACACGCCGGAGGAGGUGGCCCACAAGGAUCGCUACCGGGAGGAAAUCCUGGCCAUUCUCCACAAGCUGGGAGCCGGCGAGUGCACUCUGAAGAAACUCAUCACCGAGGAGAUCCAGUGACGAGCAUGUGCCCUCCACUUGUGAAUAAUAUAAAUAAAUACAAUAUUUUUUUUU